UCCAACCGUCCCGCUCUCAACACCACAGCUCGUUCCCAGCGUUAUAAAUCUGCCUAUUAGAUUUUUACUGUUUCUGCCAACAGCACUCGUUGCGACCCCGUUGCGACUCCUGCAAAAGUGCCCUGCCCCGCACUUGCCCGAGAUCUUCACUUCUCUCCCAAAAUGGCGGACAUCCAGGUCGACGUUCUCGUCAUCGGUGCCGGCCCGACUGGCUUGGGCGCAGCCAAGCGUCUCGACCACAUUAAUGGCCCGUCUUGGAUGAUCAUCGACUCCAACGAGAAGGCCGGUGGUCUUGCGUCCACUGAUGUCACCCCUGAGGGAUUCCUUUACGAUGUCGGCGGUCACGUUAUCUUCUCGCACUACAAGUACUUUGACGACUGCAUCAACGAGGCCCUGCCCAAGGACGAUGACUGGUACACCCACCAGCGCAUCUCGUACGUCCGGUACAAGAACCUCUGGGUUCCUUACCCCUUCCAGAACAACAUCUCGAUGCUGCCUAAGGAGGACCAGGUCAAGUGCAUCGACGGGCUCAUUGACGCUUCCAUGGCCUCCCGGGUCGCUACUACGAAGCCCAAGGACUUCGACGAGUGGAUUCUCCGGACGUGUGGUGAGGGUGUCGCCGAUGUCUUCAUGCGGCCGUACAACUACAAGGUCUGGGCCGUGCCUACGACUAAGAUGCAAUGCGAGUGGCUCGGUGAGCGUGUUGCCGCUCCCAACCUCAAGUUGGUCACCCAGAAUGUCAUCCUCAACAAGGUUGCCGGCAACUGGGGUCCCAACUCCACCUUCCGCUUCCCCGCAAGGGACGGAACCGGCGGUAUCUGGAUCGCUGUGUCGGACACACUUCCCAAGGAGAAGAAGGUGUACGGCCAGAAGGGCGAGGUCACCAAGGUGGACGCUCAGAAGAAGACAGUCACAUUGAAGGACGGCACCACUAUCGGCUACGGCAAGCUCAUCAACACGAUGGCUGUGGACGCUCUGGUUGAGAAGAUGGGCAACCAGGAGCUGGUUACUCUGUCCAAGGGCCUCUUCUACUCGUCGACCCACGUUAUUGGUGUUGGCAUCCGCGGCGAGCGCCCGGAGCGCAUUGGCGACAAGUGCUGGCUCUACUUCCCUGAGGACAACUGCCCCUUCUACCGCGCCACCAUUUUCUCCAACUACUCGCCAUACAACCAGCCGCAGGCCGAUGCCAAGCUGCCGACGCUGUACAACGCCGACGGUAGCAAGGCCAAGACCAGCGAGGCCAAGGAAGGCCCGUACUGGUCGAUCAUGCUCGAGGUUUCGCAGUCGACCAUGAAGCCAGUCGACGAGGAGAACCUGCUGAAGGACUGCAUCCAGGGGCUCAUCAACACCGAGAUGAUCAAGCCCGAGGAUGAGAUCGUGUCGACCUACCACCGCAAGUUCGACCACGGCUACCCGACGCCGUCGCUUGAGCGUGAGGGUGUCCUCAAGCAGCUCCUUCCCAAGCUUCAGGACAUGGACAUCUGGUCCCGUGGCCGCUUCGGCAGCUGGAGGUACGAGGUCGGAAACCAGGACCACUCGUUCAUGCUCGGUGUGGAGGCGGUCGACAACAUUGUCAGCGGCGCCGUUGAGCUGACGCUCAACUACCCCGACUUUGUCAACUCGCGCCAGAACACUGAGCGCCGGCUCGCCCAGACCUUCUACAACGCGGGCGGCGUCCCUUCCCGGCCCAAGGCUUAACCGCCGCGGUUUGUCGUGGAAGCUAGGCGCUUAUAAGCCGAGGCUUCGGGCCGCAUGCAUAAUGGGCGGGAACUAACCUUUCUCGUUACACUUGCAUGACACUUUCUUUUCGCCGCAGCGUGCGUUUGGAAUUUUAAAAAAGAGGAGAGCGGGAUUUGCGGGACGGUUCAUUAGAACCGAGGGCUACAACCUAGGUUCUCGUGGAACAUUGCCAGCCAAGGCUAGACACCUUAGAUACUAGAGGAAUUUUCAGCCACUGGCCCGGCAGAAAGACCGAUGCCGGGCGAUAGAAUAUAAUACAAUAUCGAGGGAGAAAUGAGAUGAUGUGCUCUGAGUGUCGUUGUUUAUUCGCGAGACAUCGUUUGUAAUCUGCAUGUAUUUCGGUUCAAGUGUCGGUUUCCACGU